AUGGCGGUGGCGGCUGCCGAGGGGCCCGAGGGGGCCGAGCUGUGCCAGGCGCUGUCGCGGUCCCUCAGUCUCCUGCAGCAGCCCGACUGCGGGCGGGCGGCGCGGCUGCGGGCGCUGGAGGCCAUCGGCGCCGAGCUGCGGGGCCGGGCGGUGCCCGGCGCGGUGCUGCAGGAGGUGUUCGCGGCGCGGCUGCUGCGGCCGCUGUCGCGGUGCCUGGCGGGGGACGCGGCCGAGCGGUGCCGGGAGCUCGCCCUGCAGCUGCUCCAGGACGGGCUCAGCCGCGGCGAGCGGCCCUGCGAGGCGCUGCCCGUGCUGCUGCCGGCGCUGGCGCAGCGGCUGUGCCCGCCGCCGGCCGCCGAGCCCAGCGAGGAGCUGCGGCUCGGCCUCGUCCAGCUUCUGCACCUCCUCCUUCGGCGCUGCGGCCCCGCCGCCGCCCCCUACCUCGGGGACAUCGCCCGCGUCCUCCAGGCCACCCUGCUCGACCACUAUGCCGAGGUCAGGCGGGAGAGCUGCAGGUGUGCGGUGGCCUGUGCCCAGGCCAUGCCAGAGCACUUCCACAUGCAGUCAGAAUCUCUGAUAAAGCCUUUAAUGCAGACGAUUUCACACCAGCACUACCGAGUUCGUGUUGAUGUGAUUCAGGCUACUGGAGCAGUGAUACAGUUUGGGAAUGGAAAGUCUGUGGAUGAUGUUCUGUCUCAUCUGGCCCAGAGAUUGUUUGAUGAGAUUCCCAAGGUACGGCACGCUGUAACAACUGUCAUUGGAGAAUGGUUGUUGCACCUACGAGAUAGAUAUUCAUAUUUUCACAAGCUUAUCCCUUUGUUACUUGGCAGCUUUAGUGAUGAAAUUCCUGAAAAUGAGAAACUGGCUUGGACUUAUUGGGAAAAGCUAGGCUUGCAGUGGGAGAAGGAGAAUGAAGAAGAUUUGAAGGAUAAGAUGGAUUUUAGUCUUUCACCAUCUCAUUAUCCCAAAGGAGUGACUCGACCAGGACUAGGUUGUCGGGAACUUGUGUCAAGAAACCUCUCCAAAAUCCUUCCAGGUCUCUGUCAUGAUAUGACAGACUGGGUUGUAAGCACAAGAGUAAAAGCAUCCCAGCUCCUGUACACAUUACUGCUGCAUGCAGAGGAUCACAUCACACAGCACAUGGAGCUGCUGCUCAGAACUUUGUACCAGUCGUGCUUGGAUGAAGAGAGUGAAGUGGUUAAAAAUAGUGUGAAAGCAGCAGAACUGAUUGGCACGUUUGUCAGCCUGAAGGUGUCUUUGAGGUUGAUCACCUCGGCCUUUGAGCAGACACCCAAACCCUCCUGUGUGAUGGUUCUGGCUGCAGUGAUUCGAGGGAGCCCAAAAGAAAUCUUGCAGCCUCACGUGGCCCAGCUUGGCAACACACUUUCCCAACCUGGAGUUUGUCAGCGAUCUGAAGAGGCCUUUUAUGUGGAGCAGUUGCUUUAUUGUGUGCAAGCAUUGAUUGAAGUGUGCCAGGAAGACUGCAAAGAAAUUAGCUUGCAGCUAAUGAAAGUUUUGGUGACCAUAAUGGCAAUACCAUCCUCUCAGGACCUUAAAGAAAAGGUGGAGAAAACAAUGUCUUCAUUAGCUGAAGUGCAGCAACUGGAUAGUUUUCAUUGUCUCUACAAGCAGCACAUAAUUCAGCUCAUGGAGUGGGUUUCAGUGUCGUGUGAUGGGUGGAGCUGCUACUCUCCAGAAGUGUUACAGUUAGAGGUCAUCGCAACCCAUUCAGGUCCUGUCAUAGGUGAAGCUCUCGAUGACUUUAUUCCCAUUCUGAAGACGUGUCUUCAGCCAAACAAGGAUCCCCAGAUGCGGUUGAAACUUUUUACUGUUUUAUCACAGUUGUUCCAGAAAGCAAGUGAAACCAUCAAUUCUCAGGGGCUGUUCCCUAGCUACCUUGAGACUGUGAUAAAAGACAUCCUGGCUCCUAAUCUGCAGUGGCAUGCUGGAAGAACAGCAGCUGCCAUCCGUGCUACAGCUGUAUUGUGCCUUUGGGCUCUCAUCCACUGUGAAAUGCUUUCACCAAAAGAGAUCUUAAAAGUCAAAGAUGAGCUAAUGCCCCAAAUCAUUGCUUCCAUGGAUGAAGACUCUAAAAUUACUCGACUGAUGGCUUGUCGUAUUGUUGAUGCUUUUUUAAAAGCCUGUGGGAGGCAGUUUGAUGAAGAUAAGUUUAAGAACACUUACACAGAGGUUUUAAAGCGUCUGGAUGAUGCUUCGUGCGAUGUACGACUGGCAGCUGCUCACACCUUGGCUAAUUGGUUUAAGUGCUUAAAGGACAGUGAUGUGAAAUCCUCAAUGCAAGGUCAUAUUGAGUUUCUGUACCAAGAACUGUUGAUACAUCUCGAUGACCCAGAUCAAAAUCUCCAAAAUGCAGUCCUAGAAGUUUUAAAGGAAGGAAGUGUUUUAUAUCCAGAUCUGCUUGUGAGAGAAAUCGAAGGGGUUGUACAUAAGCAUCAAACGCCGCUCUACUGUAAUCAACUACUACAUCACAUUCAGUCAGCCAAGGAAUCAGCUUUAUGAAUCACUGCUGAGAUUCUUUUUACUGAACUGAUCUGAAAUCUGUAUGACCCUUAUUACUUUCAUAUUUUCUUUUGCUUGAGAAAGGCUGAGCUGAAAAUAGAUUGUUUUUUUCUUUGUAAGUUCACUGUUGGCUCAUUAAAAAGUCAAGUUGGCACAA